CAGCUGAUCAGUCAAGUAGGGCUAGCUGAGAGUAGAAGCAGCUAGCAAACCAAAAUUGUUGAGCUCCAACACCUACACACACCAGCUGCUGUGAUUGUGUGAGCUGAUAACACAGAGGGAGGAGAGAGACAAGGAUCGAAAAGAUACAUCGAUCGAUCGAUCGCCAUGCCGCCUCAGCUGGAGCACGAUGAGCAGCAGACGGCGGGAAGUCUCGGCCACCGAGCAGCGCCUCCUCCUCCGAACAUGCUCACCUUUAGUAGCAGCGGCGGCGCUCCCUCUUCUACUUCUGUCGCGACCGGCACCACUACCACCACCAACUCCUCUGGCGCCGUCGUCCAUCCCACCACCUCCAGCCCGCCGUCGUCGGCCGCUGCUCGCCUCCGCCCCGCCGCCAACUCUUUCCCUCUCGUCCUCAAGUUCGAGGAGGUGGUGUACAAGGUGAAGCUCGGCCAGCCGACGGCCGGAUGGUGCGACAAGCUGUCGGCCGCGGCGAGCAUGGCUGUCGGCGGCGGCGGGGACGGGAGGAAGAAGAAGGCGGUGUCAGCGGCGGGGUCGUCGGCGCGGGAGAAGACGAUCAUCAGCGGGAUGUCCGGCGUGGUGCGGCCGGGGGAGAUGCUGGCGAUGCUGGGCCCGUCCGGGAGCGGCAAGACGACGCUGCUGACGGCGCUGGGUGGGCGGCACGGCGGCCGGGCGCUGCUGUCGGGCAAGAUCACCUACAACGGCCAGCCCUUCUCGGGCGCCGUCAAGCGGCGCACCGGGUUCGUGACUCAGCACGACGUGUUGUACCCGCACCUCACGGUGGCCGAGACGCUGUGGUACACGGCGCUGCUCCGGCUGCCCCGCGCGCUGGGCGCCGGCGAGAAGCGCGCGCAGGCGGAGGCCGUGAUGCGGGAGCUGGGCCUCGCCAAGGUCGCGCACAGCAUGGUCGGCGGUGUCCGCGGCUUGCGCGGGCUGUCCGGCGGCGAGCGCAAGCGCGUCAGCAUCGGGCUCGAGAUGCUCGUCGACCCCAGCCUGCUGCUCCUCGACGAGCCCACCUCCGGACUCGACUCCACCACCGCCGCCCGGAUCGUCGGCACGCUGCGGCGGAUGGCGGCCGACGGCGGCCGCACCGUCGUGGUCACCAUCCACCAGCCGUCGUCGCGUCUGUACCACAUGUUCGACAAGGUGCUGCUGCUGUCCGCUGACGGGUGCCCCAUCUACUACGGCCGCGCCGCCGACGCGCUCUCCUACUUCGCCUCCGUCGGCUUCGCCUCGCCGCUCUCCCUCAACCCCGCCGACCUCAUGCUCGACCUCGCCAACGGUAUCGCGCCGCAGACGACGAGCGGCGACGCCGACGGCGGCGAGGUGCGGAUGGCGGCGGUGACCGGCGGCAGCGAGAGCGAGCACAAGGAGGUGCGGGCCAAGCUGGCGGCCGCGUACGAGCGCCACAUCGCGCCGGCGGUGAAGCUGGACAUCUGCGCGCGGGAGACGGCGGCCGCGGCGUCGCCGCAGGCGUCGUCGGCGCGGCGCGGGUCGGCGCCGUCGGAGUGGACGACGGGGUGGUGGACGCAGUUCCUGGUGCUCCUCCAGCGCGGGCUCAAGGAGCGGCGGCACGAGUCGUUCAACAAGCUGCGCAUCUUCCAGGUGCUGAGCGUGGCGAGCCUGGCGGGCCUGCUGUGGUGGCGCACGCCGGCGUCGCACCUGCAGGACCGGACGGCGCUCGUCUUCUUCUUCUCCGUCUUCUGGGGCUUCUUCCCGCUCUACAACGCCGUGUUCACGUUCCCACUGGAGCGGCCGAUGCUGCUCAAGGAGCGCUCGUCGGGGAUGUACCGCCUCUCCUCCUACUUCGCGUCGCGCGCCGCCGCCGACCUGCCCAUGGAGCUCGGCCUGCCCACGGCGUUCGUGCUCAUCCUCUACUGGAUGGGCGGGCUGGACCCGCGCCCGGGCCCCUUCCUCCUCUCGCUCGCCGUCGUGCUCUACAGCGUGCUGGUGGCGCAGAGCCUGGGGCUCGCCAUCGGCGCCGUGCUCAUGGACGUGAAGCAGGGCACCACGCUGGCCUCCGUCAUCACCAUGGUCUUCCUCAUCGCCGGCGGGUACUACGUGCAGCACAUCCCGCCGUUCGUGGCAUGGCUCCGGUGGCUCAACUACAGCUUCUACUGCUACCGCCUCCUGCUCGGGAUCCAGUUCCCCAACGGCGGCGGGUACUACGACUGCGGCCACGGCGCGAGGUGCCCGGUGGCCGAGUUCCCGGCCAUCAAGGCCGUCGGGCUCAACCACCACUGGGUGGACGUCUGCGUCAUGGCGCUGCUCCUCGUCGGGUACCGCGUCGUCGCCUACGUCGCGCUGGACCGCCUCAAGCCGAGGUGAAAUUUGAAGCCAUGAAGGCUCCAGCCAUUAUUACGCCAUGGCUGCGGCCAAGCUGCCCGUGCACGAAUCGAUCCAUGGAGCAGCGGAAUCUGAUUGAUGAAUCAGCUCAAGGCCGAGAGACAGUAAUUAACUGGACGAGUUAGUUAACUAGCUUCUUGUUUAACUCUUCCCGUUUCAUGGAGGGAUGUACGGUGUCAGGUGAUUAGUGCUUAAUCAGGCGAUCAAGAGGUAGAAGAAAGGGUUAAUAGCGGUGAUCACUGAUUAGCGAAAUUAUUAUUAGAUUGAUCUGUGGAGAGAAGAGAAGGAAGCACUCGGUGCUCUGUAUAAUACAAGGGGAAAUACAAUACAAACCUGCAGCCAUCAGCUGCAGCUCCUCUCUGAGACUCUUCUAAAAGUCUGAAUGAGUUCCAGAUGGCUACUAAGUAA